AUUUGAUUUAAGACGCUCAAAAAACUGUGUACACCCCCUAUAUCAAGCCGACACGACUGCGUUUAUCCGGAUCCGUUACAAGUGGAAUCGGGUCAAUAAUCGGCAAUAAUGAGGGUGACGCCGAAAAUCGCACCGUCGAUGCUCUCAUCGGAUUUCGCGAACUUGGCGUCGGAGGCGGAACGCAUGCUCAAUUGCGGCGCUGAUUGGCUUCACAUGGAUGUCAUGGAUGGGCACUUUGUCCCGAAUCUAACCAUUGGUGCUCCAGUCAUCGAGAGUUUGAGAAAACACACAAAGGCAUAUUUGGAUUGCCACCUUAUGGUCACCAAUCCUCUUGAUUAUGUCGAGCCUUUUGGCAAAGCUGGUGCUUCUGGAUUUACAUUUCACGUUGAGGCAUCCAGAGAAAAUUGGAGAGAACUGAUCCAGAGAAUCAAGUCAAAGGGCAUGAGGCCCGGUGUAGCAUUAAAGCCUGGAACUCCUAUUGAAGAAGUUUAUCCAUUGGUUGAAUGUGAAAAUCCUGUGGAAAUGGUCCUUGUCAUGACUGUGGAACCUGGAUUUGGAGGACAAAAGUUCAUGCCUGAUAUGAUGGAUAAGGUAAAGACGUUGAGGAAGAAGUACCCAUCCCUUGAUAUAGAGGUGGAUGGUGGCUUAGGGCCUUCAACAAUUGACAUGGCAGCUUCAGCUGGUGCAAACUGCAUUGUGGCCGGAAGUUCAGUGUUUGGAGCUCCUGAGCCGGCCCAUGUAAUAUCACUUAUGAGAAAGAGUAUUGAGGACAGUCAGAAAAACAACUGAUGUUCAUCCAGUCAAGAUACAUCAUGAUUCGAUUUGAGAAGGACAAGACUAUGUUUUUGUUCGUUUUGUUUCACUCUUCCAUCACUCAUCUUCCCACACAGAUGCAACUUUGUAUGGUAAUAAGACUCACAGAAAACCUUCAUAAAGUUCUGAGUUAAUUGAUACAUUUACCGUGUGAAACUGUUUGAUCAAUAUCCUACAUUAAGAUCUAUCCUUUUUGCUGAA